CCAGGACCCUGCAUUCACUAUAUCUGGUCUCCCACAGUACACAGAACAUGGAAAUGCAAUUAUUUUAGUAAAUAUAAAACUGCUAAAUACCUUUUCUCAUCAGCAGUAUAUAGCAGUCUUGAGACUUCUAUCAGUGUCCAGCUGAGCUUUUAGGAGGAGUUUUCAUUCUGCUCUGACUAUCCUAUGAGGCUCCAUGACACCUGGCCCUCUGUCUGGACAGUGCUGAUUGGCCCUGUGCUGAUCAAAUUCACCCUCCAAAAUAAAAAAAAAUAUCUAGCAAUACACACUAAACUGAGCAUGUGCAGAGUGACUCCUAGAGAUCUGUACUAUCAGCAGAUA